AUGGCCCAACCACGACAUCGAUCCAACAAGCCUUCGUGUUCGGCAUCGGUUUUUUGGCUCGUCUUCAUCUCGGUGGCCACCAUAUUCUUUUCGGUUCCCUUUUUCUAUUUGAUUGCUACCAUUCCGCAUCUGAUUGCUAUCUGUAAUUCAUUGUUUGCGUUUGUGGUCUUGUCAUUGGUUGGAUUUUUAUUGAUUUUAUCGUUAUGGGUCGCCAUCAUGCUGAGAGAUGCUCGAAAACAACGAAAAUCAAAAUCAGACCUUCCUCCUAAUUUAUCUGCUUCUCGUAAUGGAUUCGAUGAAGAAUUUGCUGAAUUACAUGACUCUGAGGACGAUGACUCGGACGACCAUUAUGAAAAUUAUAAUCAAGAUAUGAUCAGUGACGAACAAAGUUUAAUUUCAGUUGGAAAUAGAGGCGUCACAAAUGUCGAUGCUUCUUCUGCUCAACAACAAGAACAGCCAUCCAAUGCAGCUGCGUCUCUCAUUGAAGAAACUCGUAGAAAUCAAGCAUAUCAACAAACAACGGAAUAUAUUUUGAAAUUUUUACAAUUUGGAUCAUUUCUGGUCUAUUUUAUCAUGUUGAUAGGUUUGGUGAUUUUUUCAGUAUGGAUUGGAACUACAAAAAACGCAGCACAAGGACUAACACGUGGAACAUUGAAUAUGAAAACUCUGGUCGACGAGUCAGCAUACAACCCAACCUAUAAGGAUGCAUUGUCCUACGCUUCGAAAUUUAUGGAUAGUCUCAAAAAAGGAAGUGUGAGUGUGGAUCGUGACGCCAAUGACGUGAUUCACAUUUCAGCACCGGAUGAAUACAGUUUGUAUUUCACACAAGGAUACGUUCAUGCUCAGGAGAGAUUGUGGCAAAUUGAUACUUUGAAACGAACGCUUCAAGGAAGUUUAUCUCAAACAUUUGGUGUCAAUUUACUAUUUUCUGACCGAUUCUAUCUUACUUUGGGUCUGUACGAAGCUGCGCAACGAGAUUACAAAUUAUUGAAUAGCGCUGAUAAGGAUAAAUUAGAUGCCUAUGCGAAUGGUUUGAGUUUUUAUGUGAAAACCAUGCCAGCAAUUCCUGUCGAGUAUCAACUCAUUGGUUACAAACCUACCGUAUUCACUGGAGUCGAUAUUUUGGCACAUCACAAAUACUUGUCCCUCACUCUCUCUGGAAAUAUUUAUUCAGAAAUUCAAAGAUAUGAAUUGGAUGUGUUAGGUUUGUCAGCCUCAAGAAUUUCGACCAUUCUUCCAAACGAGUAUCCCAAUGGUUUUCCAUUCAUUUCACAACCUAAAACCAAUCUCAACACAAAUAUUACCUACUCGACUAGAGUCACCAGCCAACAACAAACGAAUACUCGUCAAGUGAAUAAUUUGGGUUUUGGUAGUAACCUGUUGGAUUUUGCCAAGACAAGCGUUUAUGGACUCUUUGAGAAUAUUCUCUCUGGUGUGAAUGAUUUGACUGAUAUUUUCUCAUCCUCAUCAACCAUUAGACAACGAUUGGCUUGGUCUGUUUUUGAUCCACAAAACAUUUUCUCAUCACCCAUUGCCAAUAAGGGACCUUACAUGCAAGCAUCUAAUAAUUGGGUCAUUUCUGGAGAUUACACACAAGGAAAACAACCUCUUCAUGCAAAUGAUAUUCAUCUUCACUUACAAGCUCCAAACAUGUUCCUUCUCAUGCAUUUGAAAGUGACUGGAACAACUCCAAUGGAAACUAUUGGUGGAUCUAUCGCUGGAUUGCCAUGCAUUAUUAUUGGUAGAAAUGGAAAUGGAAUUUCAUGGUCUUUCACAAAUGCUGGUGCUGACACGAUGGAUUUGUAUGAAUUGCAAGAAACAGAGGAUGGUUCUGGUUACAUUUAUAAGGGAAAAACAAUUCCAUAUACUGUGAAAUCAGUCACAUUGAAUUUGAAAGAUGGAGGAAGGGCAAUUUUCAACAUUACAUCCACACAAUUUGGACCUCUCAUCGCUGGAUCUCUUGGUGACUCGUUGUAUCCCGUUCGAAACUUACCAAAAAAGAAACGUCUCGCUCUCCGAUAUUUGGACACCAACAUUCAGGACACGAGUUUAUUGACAUUCUUUACCAUUCCAACUGCUAAAAAUUUUGAUGAAUUUGAUAAGGCAUUUGGCAAAUUGACAGCUCCUGUUCUUCAUGUCAUUUAUGCAGAUUCCAACAAUAAUAUUGCGUACACAGCUGCUGGUCGAGUUCCACUCCGAACAAAACCCGAUGAAAAUUUGGGUCUACGACCAGUCAAGACCUAUGUGACUGCCGAAGAAGAUUAUUCAUGGGAUAUUGAUCCAUUGACCAACCAAUUUGUCACUGCUCCCUAUGACACUCUUCCAGAUUUGACUCCAACAGAGGUCAAACAACAAAAAGCAUCAUUUAUUUUCUCUGCCAAUAACAAACCAGAGACUCCAUCCAUUAUUCGAAUUACCAAUGAUUAUGGUUUACUCUAUGCAAGAUCCAUGAGAAUUCAAAGUUUAAUUUCAAAUUUAGUAACCACUCGAACCAAUAUUACUUUACAAGACAUGACUGCUCUUCAAAUAGACAGUGUCAGCAUGUUAUUUAUCAUGAAUCGAAACAUUUUCCAGAAAAUGAAACCAUUCAAAGACGAAUAUCACGAAAAAAUUCGAAAACAAUUAGUGGAUUGGAAUGGCGACAUGGUACCUGAUUCAAAACUUGCUACCAUUUUCGAAUAUUGGCUCAAAUAUAUUACCAAACUGGCUUCCAAUGAGACACAAUACGAUCAAACCAAGUUACCAUUUUCAAAAGAUAAUUCAUUCCCUCCUUCGACACGAUAUGCAUUAACAGUAAUGCAACAAGAAAUUUCAAAUCCUUCCGCAGCAGUGGAUCCAAAUUGUGUGAAAUUUUCAAGUGACAAGACUUGUAUUGGUUUUGCACGAGAUCAACUGGAAGCCGUUCUCAAAGUAUUACGUUCGAAAUUUUCAUUUAUUCCAGCAUAUUCUUCGUAUAGAAUUCAUCAGACACGAUUUACACAUCCAUUGUUUGGAGCGUAUGGAUUGACAGGAUGUUUGGGAACAAGAAUUUCAAGACGAUCUGGUGGAACAGAUACGAUCAAUGAAGGUGCACCAUCCGAUGAUACUUUAUCGAAUAGUUUUGGACCUGCAUAUCGACAAGUGAUUGAUCAUUCGAAUUUAGAAGCAAGUGUAUUUAUCAUACCAAUGGGACAAUCUGGAAAUAUCUUUGCCAAGACCUAUGAUAAUUAUUUGCAAGCUUGGGAAAAUGGAGAAUAUGUGCCCAUGAAGACGAAGGAUUAUGUAGUGAAGGAAACACUUUCGAUUGUGGAAAAGUAG